AUGGAGAAGGAGCUGACCUGUGGAGCCUGUAACAUGGUGUUUCGCUCCACUGAGCUGCUUGAGAAACAUAAAACACUGCUCUGCAUCGGGAGUGAGGUCGGGAGCCUUCCAGUGCAAACACACAGCUCUGAAAUUGUUAUGAGAAACAAUGGUGGUGGUGGUGUGGACCCUAUACAGACGAGAACCCCUGAUCUUGUUCAGAUGAGAGGUCAGCGAAGGAGCACUAUCAGGUGGAGGAGUGUCGACGCUGAGCCAAAGUCAGGAAGAGCAGAAGACAAACUGGCGACCAGUCAGACAGACAGUGCUGCUCUACAAAAUCUGACUGACGAGUUUCACAAGUUAAGGAUGUCCAUUGCAGAAAAUCUGCCAACCUGGUCAAAAAGGACCACAGAUACUGAGGCGAGUGGGCGUCAUCUGGGUCACAGUGAGAGGCUGAGGGAGAUGAGGGAAAUGGCGAUGCUCCAUGAACGCCAACUGGCCCUGAUACAUGCUCACAACCAGCGGCUGGAGCAGCAAAGAGAUGAGCUGGCCCAUCAGGUAAGUGUCCUGUCUGAGCAAAGCAACGCAGCCCACCUGGAGAGUCUGCUGAUCGAGCUCAGAGAGCAGGAGGAGAGGAAUGAAGAAACACUACAACAACUUGCUGAACAUCUUAGUGCAUUACAUGCACAAAAGGUCUCAGUACCUGCUGAUCCAGGCAAGAAAGAAAUGAUCCAUCAUGACAACUACGGGCUCAUUUCUUCUGUAGAUGGCCCUCUCUCUACCCAGAUAACAGCCCUGCAAAAAGCAUACAUGGAGUCAGGUGGGUCAGAUCCAGCCAUUAUGGCACAGAUGAUUGACCUGCACGCAGAAGCCCAAAGUCUGGAGAAGAACCAACCAGCAGCAUCAGCAAAGAACAGGAGGAAGAAAGCGAAGCCUCCUCAGUGGGGUCCGAGGUGGGAACUGCUGGUUUUGGAGCAGGAGAACCAGAGACUGGAGGAGGAGAUCCUCAGGAUCCAGCUGGCCAGAAAGAAAAACCGUGACUGUGAAGCAGUGAUGACUGAGAUGGAGCUGAGUCAGAGGGAGAAUCUCCAGCAGAUUGCCAGUUUACAGGCAGAGAUGGAGAGAAGCAAAGAAGCUCCCAGGCCCUGCAGACAGCCUCCUCCUCCACCUCCCCAUCUACUCCCACGCCAGAGCAAGACUCACAUUCAUGCACCUCUUUCACUGCUCCAGGAGAGGUCCUUCACCUCUCCACCAGGAAGAUGCAUGAUGGACCCACUGGACUUGCUCGGUCCAGCCCCCUAUGACCCUGCAGCUGGUUUUGUGGUUUUCUUUGACCUGGUUCUGGGAAUUGAUGCCUCUCAGAAGGCGUUGAGUCUGGUAGCAGCUCUCUACUCAGAAGGUCUGGAAGUGGGACCACCGACUCCGCUGCCCCCUGUCCAGUGCUUUCCGGGAGAGUCCCUGCCUCACAUCCACAGCCUCCCACCUGGAAACUGUGCCCUCCUGUCAAUCAAACAGCCUGUACCAAGGAUCCAGCCAUCUCCCUCCCUCUGUCUGGUGGUGGAGGUGCAAGCAGCAAGAGAUCUGGAUGUUUAUAACCAGGAGGUCUUCAAACUGGCGUCCUGUGGCUGGACACAACUGGAACUCUUUGAUCAAUACAACCAGCUCCGUAGUGGCCACUGGAGGGUGCCAGUGCGUAGCCUGCCUAUUAAACCUUCACUAAGCAUUGCUCAGCUCAACUCCAUACCCCAGGUGGGCAACAUGGAGCUGUGUGUACGUUUGGUCAAUGGCCGAGAUGAAGAGGUGCAGACCCUUGCAAAACCCAACCACACCAGCACCAGGCACUAUAAAUAUCCAGGUGUGGUGUCCUCUCUUCCUGUGACUGUCCACAGAAAUGCAGCUCUGCCAGUUUCAGCUCCACAGCCCACAGGAGUGGAUGAGCUCUCUUCCCUGCUGACCCUGACUAAUCACAGAAACCCUCCGCCCACAGAUGGAGCCAGUCCGAGUUGA